GGGAGACCAGAUAUAGUGAAUGCAGGGUCCGGGGAGACCAAAUAUAGUGAAUGCAGGGUCCGGGGAGACCAAAUAUAGUGAAUGCAGGGUCCCGGGGAGACCAAAUAUAGUGAAUGCAGGGUCCGGGGAGACCAGAUAUAGUGAGUGCAGGGUCCGGGAGACCAGAUAUAGUGAAUGCAGGGGUCCGGGGAGACCAGAUAUAGUGAAUGCUGGGUCCGGGGAGACCAGACAUAGUGAAUGCUGGGUCCAGGGAGACCAGAUAUAGUGAAUGCAGGGUAGGGAGACCAGAUAUAGUGAAUGCAGGGUCCAAGGAGACCAGAUAUAGUGAAUGCAGGGUCCGGGGAGACCAGAUAUAGUGAAUGCUGGGUCCGGGGAGACCAGAUAUAGUGAAUGCAGGGUCCAGGGAGACCAGAUAUAGUGAAUGCAGGGUCCAGGGAGACCAGAUAUAGUGAAUGCAGGGUCUAGGGAGACCAGAUAUAGUGAAUGCAGGGUCCGGGGAGACCGGAUAUAGUGAAUGGAGGGUCCAAGGAG